CAGCUGUACGUGCAGCCAGCUGCCCGUCUUCUCCAGUCCCUAACGUACUCCACUUCGCCAUCGCAGGGCUGACAUUUGAAAAUGCUUAGAUACGCCAAGGCUUUGGAAGACGACUCAGACCGCCUGCAGGGUUUCUUGCCACCACAGGCUGAUUAAUCCAGAACCAGCCAUCGCCACUUUUACCCUGGUGUGAAACGUUCCAGCCAUGGACGAAGUCAAGACUUGCAAAGUCCGAGUGACUUUGUCGAUUAUUUUGAUUGGCGUCGCUUUAAUGUUUACAGCAGUGGUGACAGAUCACUGGGCUGUGCUGAGUCCCAAGGUGGAGGAGUACAAUGCUACCUGCGAGACGGCUCACUUUGGGCUGUGGCGGAUCUGUAUCAAACAGAUCUUCAUGCAAGAAAAUGAGACGAACAAGGAGCAGGGCUGUGGGCCAAUAAGCCUGCCAGGAGAACGCAACUGUUCAUACUUCACACACUUUGUCUCAGGAGAGAGCACAGAGAUAUUUCAAGUAUCAACACAAAGAGAAUACAGUAUUUCUGCAGCCGCCAUUGCCAUCUUCAGUGUCGUCUUUUCCAUCAUCGGAACGAUUUGUGUCCUCUUAUCCUUCAGAAAAAAGAUGGAUUAUCUCUUGAGGCCAGCAUCCAUGUUUUACACCUUUUCAGGCUUGUGCAUUAUCAUAUCCGUGGAAGUCAUGAGGCAAUCUGUCAAAAAGAUGGUUGACAGCGACGACACGGACUGGAUAGAGUACUACUACUCCUGGUCUUUUGCCUGCGCCUGUGCGGCCUUUGUCCUGCUCUUCCUCUGUGGGGUUGCUCUUCUGCUCAUCUCCUUGCCUCGCAUGCCUCAGAACCCCUGGGAGACCUGUAUGGAUGCGGAGCCUGAACAUUAAGUCCCUCCAGCUCAUGUUGCCACUUCAGUAACAUCAUAUCUCCCUGCCCCGCCCCGCCCCGCACCCCCAAAGGUCAGC